AUGGUUCCAUUUUACCCGUUUGAUGCUCGCCAGUUCGAUGCAAAAAUCACUGAAUUGCUUUCAGGUGAUGGGCAAGAAUUCUUUACCCCGUACGAUGAGGUCUAUGAUAGUUUUGAUGACAUGGGAUUAAAGGAAAAUCUUGUGAGAGGUUUUGAGAAACCCUCUGCAAUCCAGCAAAGAGGAAUUGCACCCUUUUGCAAAGGUCUUGAUGUGAUACAACAGGCUCAGUCUGGAACAGGGAAGACUGCUACUUUUUGUUCUGGAGUUUUUAACCAACUUGACUAUGAACUGCUGGAAUGUCAACCUUUGGUUUUGGCUCCCACGCGCAAGCUUGCACAACAAAUCGAGAAGGUGAUGCGAGCACUCGGAGACUAUCUUGGUGUGAAGGCACAUGCUUGUGUGGGAGGAACCAGUGUCCGCGAGGACCAACUCGUCCUUUCAAACGGGGUUCAUGUCGUUGUUGGGACGCCUGGCCGUGUAUUUGACAUGUUGAGGAGACAAUCGCUCCGCCCUGAUUAUAUAAAGAUGUUUGUAUUCAUCGAUGAAAUGCUUUCAAGAGGCUUCAAAGAUCAGAUUAAUGAUAUUUUCCAGCUCUUGCCUACUGAGAUUCAAGUUGGUAUUUUCUCUGCAACAAUGCCACCUGAGGCCCUUGAGAUCACAAGAAAGUUCAUGAAAAAUCCCGUGAGGAUUCUUGUGAAGCGCGACGAGCUAACUUUAGAAGGUAUCAAGCAGUUUUACGUCAACGUGGGAGAGGAAAGAGAUAAGCUUGAAACACUUUGCGAUCUAUACGAAUCAUUAGCCAUUACACAGAGUGUGAUCUUUGUGAAUACUCGUCGCAAAGUUGAUUGGUUGACAGAGCAGAUGCGCGAAAGAGAUCAUACGGUCUCAGCCACUCACGGUGACAUGGACCGAAACACGAGGGACAUAAUAAUGCGCGAGUUUCGUUCUGGUUCUUCUCGUGUUCUUAUCAGCACGGAUCUUUUGGCGCGAGGAAUUGAUGUUCAACAAGUCUCGCUUGUCAUGAAUUACGAUCUUCCUACUCAGCCUGAGAACUAUCUGCAUCGUAUCGGACGUAGUGGAAGGUUUGGUAGGAAAGGUGUGGCCAUCAAUUUUGUUACAAGGGAUGAUGAGAAGAUGCUGUGUGAUAUUCAGAAAUUUUACAAUGUGGUGAUUGAGGAGUUGCCUGCAACUGUUGCUGAUCUCCUGUAACAAGAUUUUUCUUGUUCAUU